AACAGGGGUGGUGAGUAGCAAUUGAGUUUGUGAAUUUUGAACUAUCCACCCUCCAUAGCUUAGGGAGGUUGAAUAUUGGGAAUAAUGGCGGAACCUGAGUCUGCAGCUGCUGCUGCUCAGCCUAUUGGUCCGGAAGAAGACGUCAACGCAAUCGAUGACCAAGCCAUGGUCGAUGCUCAAAACCCUAUCGAGCCUUCGGACUCUGGAUCCGAGUCCGACUCCGACUCUGAGGAUGAAGUACAGGCCAAAUCGCAGAUUGAGGCGCUCGAAGCUGCGCUGAGCAAUAAUCCAUCGGAUUACGAUUCACACGUCCAAUAUAUUAAAAUUCUACGGAAGCAAGGUGAAAUAGAGAAGCUGCGACAAGCAAGAGAAACAAUGAAAUCGUUAUUUCCUUUGAGUCCCCAAAUGUGGCAGGAAUGGGCUAAAGAUGAGACUACCCUGAGCUCUGGAGUGGAGGCAUCUCCUGCUGUUGAAAAGCUGUAUGAACAAGGGGUUUCUGAUUAUCUGUCUGUCCCCUUAUGGUGUGACUAUUUAAAUUUUGUCCAAGAGCAUGAUCCAUCUGUCCGUGAAUGUUCUGCCUCUGGCAUAUCAAAGGCAAGGAACCUCUUCGAGCGUGCUCUCACUGCCGCUGGGUUGCAUGUUGCUGAAGGUCACAGAAUUUGGGAAUUGUACAGAGAAUUUGAGCAAGCUAUUCUUUUCACCAUUGAAGAGACCGACUCUGGGGCAAGAGAAAAGCAGAUCCAGCGGAUACGAAAUUUAUUUCAUCGUCAGUUGUCUAUUCCCCUUGCUGACCUACAAUCAACUCUUCUUGCUUAUAAGGCCUGGGAAGCUGAUAAUGGGAGUUCAUAUGAUAUUAAUAGUAGUGAGUUGGAUGGUCUUCCAUCUCAUGUUGUUUCUGUGUAUCAAAAGGCAUUAGAAAUGCUGAAUGCUCGUGCCAAUUUUGAAGAAAGAAUUUCCAAGAAGGACAAUGAUUCAGAAAAGCUUAAAGAAUUCACGGUCUACUUGAAAUUUGAGCACUCGUCCGGAGAUCCAGCCCGCAUACAGAUCUUGUAUGAACGUGCUAUAGCUGAUUUUCCUAUAUCUAGCGAUCUAUGGGUUGAAUACACCCAGUACCUGGAUAAAACAUUCAAGACUGCCAAGAUUGUGAGGGACGCUUACUGCAGGGCUACAAGAAACUGUCCAUGGGUAGGAGAUUUGUGGGUUUGUUAUUUACUCUCGUUGGAACGUGGUCAAGCUUCUCAGGAAGAGUUAUCAACUGUAUUCGAAAAAUCACUGCAGUGCACUUUUUCAAGCUUUGACGAGUACUUGAAUAUCUUUCUUACAAGAGUAGAUGGGCUAAGGAGGAUGAUAUGUGCAUCUAAGGAAGCGGAGGAAAGCAAGGAUUAUGUAGUUAUAAGGGAUAUCUUUCAGCGUGCAGCAGAUUACUUGACCCCACACCUUAGCAACACAGACAGUUUACUCCGCAUGCAUAGUUAUUGGGCUCGUUUAGAGUUCAAAUUGGGCAAGGAUUUGAAUGCAGCUCGCGGUGUCUGGGAAGGCUUGCUUAAAAAUAGUGGGUCGAUGCUGAAAGCUUGGCUAGCUUAUAUAGCUUGGGAGAUUGAGAUGGGCCAUGUAAAUGAAGCCAGAUCUCUCUACAAGCGAUGCUACAGUAAACGAUUCUCUGGGACUGGAUCAGAGGACAUCUGCCAUUCGUGGGUGCGCUUUGAGAGAGAAUAUGGCUCAUUGGAACACUUCGAUAUUGCAGCUCAGAAGGUGGCUCCUCGCAUUCAAGAGCUGCAACUAUUUAGGUUGCAGCAAGAGAGUAAAAAUGUUGGCCUGGCUACGAAUGAGAAGGGAAAUAUUUCAAUGAAAAAUCCCCAUGAGAAGAGAAAACCAACUUCGAGCUCAGUAAAUGAACAGCCUCCCGCUAAGCGUAAAAAAAAUACGUCGCAAAACCCAAAGAAAUCAAAUGAGAGAAAUAAAGAACAGGCAAGGCACUCAGCUGAAGAAAGUGAAGCUGUUGAAAAAGAUGGGAAAAAAGCUGAGAGUAGCAGCCAGGGCAUAAAGCAUGAAUCCUCUAAAAAACCUACCACUGAGGAUGAUCUUUAUAAUUUCUUCACUGAUGUUGGUGGAGUUGUUGAUGUUCGAAUAGUGAAGGACAAGUUCACCAAAAAAUCAAGAGGACUAGCAUAUGUAGAUUUCUCGGACGAUGCACACCUUAAUGGGGCUUUGGAGAAGAACAAACAGACCCUGAUGGGCAAGAGAUUGAGCAUUUUAAAGUCAGAUCCCCAGCAAGGCAGAAAGAAAAAAGUCGCUGGACGUAACAAUAGAUCAGAGCACGGUAAUGCUGUUAAACAAAUUGGGGUUUCUGGGAAAGAACCGUCCAUUGCGAAGCGUGAUGAAGACAUCCAGCUCAAGGGUAAGAACACAUUUGCUGUGCCAAGAAAUGUGAAACCUCUCGGCUGGAGCGCACGCACCAAACCUGUGCCAGAUGGAACCGACUAGACAGGUGAUGAAAACCCAAAAUCCAACUACGUCAGAAAGAUGUUUAUCAAGAAGUGACUGUCAAAAAACAUAAAAGCCUCAUUGAAAAAUGUUUACAGAAUGUGACAAAUUUGAACUGGUCUUAUCCGUUUGUUCUGUUUGUCGUGACCUACUGAAUUGUGCUACAUGUUCGGUGGUAGAAAAUGUGUUUUUGGAUGUCUCGAUUCUGGAUGAGGUCUUGAAACGGACGAAUUUUAUAAGUUGGAGACAUGUAGUGGAUUGGUUUGUAUUAUUAUCUUGUUGAUUAGUUCGUAAUUUCGCAGUGGAGAAUGGAAUAGUGCUAUCCUUUCUGCUAGAAAACACUCGUAUUGGACUGGUAAUUUACUUACUUUUUUCUUACGUUAAAUUGUGGUACCGUAUAAAUUUUGAGUGGCCUACGCUACUGGUGUGAAAAAAAGGACCUCGACGUGGCUCACAUGACCUGGAUAUAAGUUCUGACCGGUUCAAAGACCUAAUCAUGCAAAAAGAGCCAGGAGGUGUUCUCAGCUUUAGCACUCCGAUGCUCAAGUCAGUAAAUAGUAAUAGAGAAG